CUUCAUGUCUCCUUAUUUGAAGCAUGGCGGUCGCUUUGUCCUUCUUUCUUUCUCUUUUCUUUUAUUUCUUUUUAAUUCAAUAAGACUUGUAUUUUAUUACUAAAAAAAAAAAUGGGUAUAUGCAUGUCUUCAGAAGAAAGAGAAGAUAGGGAACGUAGUCAACGUAUUGAUAAAAUGUUAGAAGAAGAUAAUAGGAAAUUGAAAAGAGAAUGCAAAAUAUUAUUACUCGGUAGUGGAGAAUCUGGCAAGUCUACUAUCGUCAAACAAAUGAAAAUUAUUCACCAAAACGGCUACACUAAAGACGAGUUAUUUACUUGGCGAGCAACAGUAUAUAAAAACGUCAUUGAAUCAGCUCAAGCUCUGGUAGCUGCUAUUAUCAAGUUUAACUAUGAAUUUGAAAAUAUCAAGAAUAAAGAUUAUGCUCAACUUAUUGCUGACUAUAAUUUAGGGGAUCCAAAUAGUCCUCUUGAUCCUGAAAUCGUUGAUGCCAUUACCAAUCUAUGGACAGAUGGAGUAAUACCUCGUUUAUUGGAUGGAGAAGCAAGUGAAUUUUAUUUGAUGGAUUCAGCUCCUUAUUUUUUUGAACAAAUCAAAAGAUUAGGAGAGACAGAUUAUAUACCUGAUGUUCAAGACGUAUUACGAGCAAGAUCUAAAACUACUGGUAUAACUGAAACAAGAUUUACAAUGGGACAACUUAGUAUUCAUAUGUUUGAUGUUGGUGGACAACGAUCUGAAAGGAAAAAAUGGAUUCAUUGUUUUGAAGCUGUUACUUCUAUUAUCUUUUGUGUAGCUCUUAGUGAAUAUGAUCAAGUAUUAUUGGAGGAAUCAAGGCAAAAUCGAAUGAUGGAAAGUUUGGUUUUAUUUGAAUCAGUUAUCAAUAGUCGAUGGUUUUUACGUACAUCUAUCAUUUUGUUUCUCAACAAAACGGAUAUUUUUAAAGGCAAAUUACCUAAAGUACCUAUGGAACGUUAUUUUCCUGAUUAUGGAGGUGGUGAUGAUCCUAAUAAAGCUGCCAAGUAUAUAUUAUGGAGGUUUAAUCAAACAAAUCGUGCUAAGCUUAACAUAUACCCUCAUUUGACUCAAGCAACCGAUACCUCUAAUAUUCGAUUGGUAUUUGCUGCUAUCAAGGAAACUAUAUUACAAAAUGCUCUCAAGGACUCUGGUAUUUUAUAGUUUUAUUUUUAUAUCUUUAUUCAUCUUUGUAUACAUUCAUUUGUUUCCUACUCUCUUUCUUUUUUACUUUUAUAUAUAUAUAUCCUUUUUUUUUUUAGCAUAGUUUCAACUUUUCAUUGUUCAUUUUCUUUCUCCUAUCCAUUGUUACACAUUUCACCUGCAUGAAUCACCUUUUCCCCUCUCUCCCCUUACUAUAGUGUACAUCACAUUUUAAUUCUUCUUUCAUAUUCAAACAAAUUCC